AUGGACACCAUUUUAAAAUUAACUCUAGAAAAGAACUUUAUUGAACUUGUCAACACAUGUGAGCAACUAGAGAUUCAGAGUGCAGCCGAUACUUCCUUGGAUCUUUCAUACAUUUACCCCAUUUAUCUAGCAAGUUAUAUAUUAAUUCACGAUCUUCAAUCAGCACGGUAUCUUCAUAAAAGAAUCUUGAUCAACAAUGCAUCAUCUCCUGAAAUAGAUGCCAUUUGGCGUGUUAUUGUUGAUGUAAUAAAAAAGAAUUACCAACAAUUAUACAAGGAUCUUGAUGAUUAUUCGUGGUCAGAAAUAAUGCAACUUCUAAUUGAGCAUAUUAAACAAGAUGUAAGAGAAGAAUCAUUUCAGUUGAUUUCAAAUAUUUAUACAUCCAUUGAAUUAUCGCAAGCGUCAACUUAUUUUGGUCUCUCAGACAAAGAAGUCUUAAAUGAAUUAACAGCAAGAGGAUGGAGUUAUAAUGAAUCAACUCAAAUAUUAUAUCCUAUCAAACCAUCUUCAGUCUCUAAAAAAAUAAUCAAUACAGAUAAUUUCGAAAAGAUAGCAGAUAUCAUAUUAAAUCUUGAAAAGUUUUAA